AUGGAAGAAGCUUUGGGGUUGCUCGAGAAUAUGGAAGUGUCCACUUUUGUGAAGUAUGUUCCUGUUGCAGCCGUGAGAGUUGGACAAGUACUUGCGGAACGCAUUGUCGCCCAUUCUGAUGUUCCUGAAGUUCGUACUUCUAUCAAAGACGGUUACGCAGUGAUAGCAAGUGACCCGAUAGGUCUUCGUAAAGUCGUUGGGUCAUCGACUGCCGGUUCACCGUAUCCAGGCUUGGUCUCUUCCGGUGAAUGUGUCCGUGUCAGUACUGGCGCCUCAGUUCCUGAUGGAGCAGACGCUGUAGUGAUGGUCGAACAUACGAAACUCGUUGAACAUGAUGGAGCUGAAGAACUUAUAGUAAGUGUGGAAGUCAACGUGAAACCUGGACAGGACAUCCGUAUGCCUGGGAGCGACAUCAAAAAGGGAGAACUUCUCCUAGAUUCUGGAUGCACACUUGGUUCGGCGGAAAUUGGUGUUCUUGCUGGAAGCGGAAAACGUUCAGUAUUGAUGUACAGAAGGCCCAAGGUCUGCGUCAUGUCGACAGGCAAUGAGAUCCAUUUUGGUAGAGUCUGGAUGAAGCCUGGACUUCCAACCACGUUCGCAACCGGUAUAGUCGAUGGCGAAAAGAAAUAUGUCUUUGCUUCUGCCAGGCAAUCCAGUUUCUAG